GGGGUCUUAUCGCUGGAUGGGCGCCGCUGUCUGACUCUGCUGUUAUUAUUGAAAAAUCUCUUGGCUUGGAUUGAGUUCACUCCCUGACAUUGAUGGUGAAGCGACCAUGUGCUGCGUGCUUAAGGGUUUCGUCUACUUAAUGCUGCCCCAACAUGUCUGCUGAAAAUGAUCAGUCAUCAAGAGGAACAUCACCCCUUUACUCUGCCACAACGUCCCAGCUUUCCACACAGACCAUAUCUUCAGAAGAAGAGUAUUUAGAGAAAGACUAUCUGUUUCCUGAAGAGGAAGAGUUUCUGGAAGAGGAGGAAUAUCUGUAUGAAGAUGACUACCUAGAGGAGGAAAUAUUGCUGAAGGGGAAGGAGUAUCCGUGUAAAGACGAGUAUCCGAAGGCCGAAGAGAAUCUCCAGGGGGGAAGGGACGUGGAAGAAGAGUUUCUGUUUGGAAAAUAUACGAAGGACAGUGAGUAUCUGGACAAGGGAGACUAUCUGAAAGGAAAAGAGUAUCUGGGACGGGGUAUCGGGGGAGGGCCUCCUAAAAGACAGCAACUUAUCCUCCGCCACGCCCAGGGGAAAAAGAUCAAACUUGAGACAGAGCCAAAGCUCAUCUGUAAGUCCUGCCCUCGGUACCAACAGGAAGAAACACUCAUUCCUGACCAGGUUCUCCCGCCCUCAGUAGCCGCGCCCCCAAGAACUGUGCCCACGGCGCAGAGAAGCAUAAUGACCAUAAGGCACCUAUUCAUAAACGAAACAAGCAGAAUAUAUGCGGUGGCAACGGAAUUCAAGGUGGAAAAUUCAUGGAGAAACCUGUCUAACCUAACAAGGAUGCCUUCUCAAGGGACCACCUUGUACGCUGCCCCUCCUUCCAUCUCUGAACUUUCCCACGAGUCUCCAUACUAUGACAUGAUACCUUCUACAUCCUCCAUGCUGCAAGGUGCAAAACUUCUGGCCUGGCGGGACCACAGCACGCAGACAGAAUGGAUCUAUGAGACCACGUCGGCAACCGCAAAAUCAAAAUCAAAAUUAAAACUCUCACCAACCACACUAACCACUGUAAAGCCGGAAUCGGAAGCAUAUGUUGUCCCUGACAUGCCUCAACGGGAAGAAAGUGCCAUGGAGUUUGUUUCUAAAGACGGCUUGUGGGACAGUUUGUAAAAUGAGGCCAUGGACUCCAUGGAAACUGAGGACUGUAACAAGGCUGUCAACAGCUCCUAUCAGGUGGUGUUUAGCACCAUGCUUAAAGAAAUGGCUGCUCGCCAACAACUGGAAGAGGAUAUUGACGUCCCCGUGACUGGGAUUCUGGAGAGUGAAACCAGGAGGAAACUGAGAAUUCUGUUGAAGAAAAAUUUUGGAAAAUACAAGCAAACAAUCCUCUGGAUUUUGAAGAAACGUGAAAAUUUACUCACUACCAAAACUGCAGACACAUCAACUUUCACAUUUCAAUUAUGGCAAUCACAACCAGAAGAUAAGGAGCCUGUGACAGAAGCCAAAAAAACUCGUCGUGUGGUUCAACGUAAGAAGAAAUUAGAAGUAGAUACAGAAUGGAUACAGAACAAGAUUGAGGUGCAUCAAGGUGAUGGAAAGUUAAUUCUCUACCCCAGUGGGACUGUCUUCCAAAUUAUCUUUCCUGAUGGAUCAGGCCAAAUACAUUAUCCAUCGGGAAACCUGGCUAUGCUCAUCCUCAGUACAGAACAGGGAAAGUUCACAUACAUCAUUGUAGAAGACAGUAAAGAAGGGUGCAUCCGGGCCCUCACCAACACCUCUGGCCAUGCCACCUUCUACGACGAAGACACAGAAAUCUGGUUGAGCCUGAGCCAAAACCUGGGCUACUACUUCCCCAAAGACAAACACCAGAAGGCCUGGAACUGGUGGAAUCUGAAUCUCCAUGUCCACGCGCCGCCUGUGCAGUCCAUCUCCUUGAAAAUCAACCGGCACAUCAAGGUACAAGUAAGGAGCCAGGAAGAGAUCACCUUCUGCUUCAGCCACCAAAAGAAGCACAUCCGCUUAAACCUGGGCACCAGGUACAAGUUCGUAACCCCGGAGGCGCUGAGUGAAAUGAGGCAGAAACCCAUCCUGGAGGUAGAAUGUGGUUCAACAGCUCGGAAGAUCCAGAUCCUCCUGGGAAAAAUGAGCAGGAUCCUGAAUUUCCUGACAGUCCCUGAUUUGGAAAACUUCAUAGAAGAUGACAGGUUCCCGACAGGAGACUACAGGAAACUGAAAAAGAAAUCUUGCCUCCCAGGCUAGGGCAGUCACCAGCUUGUGCCCGGGCUCCCCCAGCACUGGCUGAGCGUCUCGGGAACGUGGGUUCAUUGGGGCACCAAGGAAAACCCCCAAGCCCUGUUUAUGUCUUUUGAGAGUUGGUUUGUCCUUUGGGACUCAUCACAGCUCCUUGGUUUAGAAAACCGUUUUUCAAGAGGCUAAGGGAAUCUACGGCGGGCACAGAAAAGACUCAGCCCAGAACAGAUAGCACGAGCAGCAUGUGGUUUCUGUAGGCAAUACAUGUCACCUGUCCUGCUUGC